AUGGUGCGCUUGCCAUCAAAGAACCUGCUCUCUGGAAUUCUUGAAGCCGACCCACAGGAUGCUGAGCGGAUCAUGAUGGAGCGAUAUGCUCAUAGCCUUCAAUUCAAAGGAAAAGUCAGGAUAAAGUCACUCGCUACCGCAUUAGAAGAUGAUCGUGGUGGGAAUGUCGACAUUCUUCCUAAAAGACUGACCAAGAAGGAGCGCAGCACCACCAUCUAUUUCCCCCCUGCGUGCAAAAAUGGACGGCAUUGGCAAAUCUGUAAAAAAAUUGUGCCAAGCUUCAUGAUUGCUGGCGCUGAGCACAGUGGUGCCGAUGUCCUUUAUGAAGCCUUCCGCACGCACCCUCAAGUAUGGGAUUUAGUGAAGGCGAACGAGAUGUAUGAGAGAACUGGCAAUGCCUCCAUGUUGGACCUUCCAGACAGCGACGAGACACCCUUCUUCGGGUCACAAAAUUACAAUGAUUUUGACCCAGCAACUAAGAACUUGGAGUGGUAUCUGCAGCAUUUCCCCUCUAUUAAGGAUAUUCCUGUCACUGCACAUAAUCCAGUUCUAUCAGGAGAAUCUCUUCCUCAUAUUCAACACUAUGGUCUCAGUCAUGUCAACAUAGACCAUCAAGAGGCCCCAAAUUAUAAUGACCAAAAGAUUCUCGUGGGAGAAUGUGCACCUAGCUAUUUGCACAUGAAUGGGGCGAGCAAGAGGAUUGCUAGCACCAUGCCUGAGAUUAAGGUCGUCUUUAUCUUCCGUGAUCCUAUUGAUCGUGCUUACCUCAACUAUUUAGAACAAAAACAAUAUGCUGCAGGAUAUAGUUUUGAAGAAAUUGUCGCAGAGGAGUUACUUAUCUUGAAGGAAUGUAUUGCACGGCCUGGAAGUAAGAAGUGGACUGAAUUUCUUCGCUGUCACUCUGAAGAGGCAACUAAGACUGCAAAGCGAAUGGGCCUUCCCAAUCGCCCAAGAGCAAACAAUGCUAGAGACCCUCCUGCUCCACUUUUGAACUUGAUCGUCAAGGGUCUAUACUAUUCUCAGCUGCAUGAGUUUGUGAAGCAUGUUCCAUUCACAAAGAUCUUAGUUUUGAGGACAGAGGACCUUUACGACAAGAAAUCAACCGUAUCAACCAUGGUCCGGUUGUCACACUUUUUGAGCCUCGACCCCUCGCCAUUUAUGAAUUUCCCGAUUGAAAUUGGAACUGAUCCAAUGGCACCACUAAGGCAUGAUAGUGCAGCUUACAACAACAAGAUCUUUGGUGGUGUUAACGGAGUUAUGACUGAGGAUGAAGGUGACUUGGCCAAUUCGGGCGAGGAUAUGGACUUUGACUAUGAUCAACGCAGGAUUGCCAGCAGUUCAGCAGGGCCCUCUAUUUCACAGCAAGUUUUUUCAGAUCCUCCUUUGGAAUUGGCCACUCGGUUCCGUCUGCAACGCGUUUUUGAACCAUUCAAUCAAAAGCUUGUUGACAUGUUUGAACACCGUCAGGACUUUCCUGGAUGGGAAUACGAUGUUGACCGUGGAUAG